AGAGGUAGCACCGGAUUACAUUUUUGACUGCUAAUUUGCUAAAAACUAAGUAACGUCAACAUGGCGCAGCCAGCAUCGACAACCAGUUUGUAUGCUGAGUUAAGUCGAUGUGGACAGAAACAAGAAUAUGAAAAAGCUAUACGAAUAGCCAAUAAAAUACUUCAGCAAAAUCCUGAAGAAUUUGCUGCAUUUAAUUGUAAGAUCAUUAGUCUUUUAUUUUUGGAUCGUUUUGAUGAAGCCCUUGCUGCUCUCAACAAGGACAAAAUUCAUACUGGUAACCUUAAAUUGGAAAAAGCAUAUUGUGAAUAUCGCUUAAAUAGAACUAAUGAAGCAUUAAGUACAUUGAGGUCAAUCACAAACCCCACCCCAAGAACUAAAGAACUCCUAUGUCAAGUGCUGUAUAGAAUUGAACAAUAUGACGAGUGCUAUAAUUUAUACAGAGAUGUCAUUAAAAAUUCACAGGAUGAAUUUGAUUCAGAAAGGGAGACAAACUUGGCAGCUGUUAUUGCUUCACUACAGAUGUGGAAUAAAAAAGACAUGGAUGAUCCAAACUUUGCUGAGAACUCCUAUGAAAUUUGCUACAACAAUGCAUGCUACUGGAUAGGCAAAGGAAACCUCUCUGUGGCUCUAGAAAAGCUGGAUAAAGCAGAAGAGCUACUAAAAAAUGAUAGUGAUUUAACAGAGGAGGAACUAGAUGAAGAACUUGCUAUAAUUAGAGUUCAGAGAGGCUACAUUUUUCAGAUCCAAGGUAAACAAGAACAAGCAUCUCAGUUGUACAAUCAGGUGUUGAAGGCCAAACCUACAGAUGCUGGUCUGAUAGCUGUCGUCUCUAACAAUAUUGUUACACUCAAUAAGGAACAAAAUAUAUUUGAUUCCAAGCGUAAAAUCAAAGCUGCAACUGGAGAUCACCUCAAGCAUAAAACAGUGUCUGCCCAGCGUCAGCACAUUGAUAUCAAUCAAUGUCUUGUUCACUUGUAUUCAAAUCAGAGUGAUCAGUGUCACCAACUGGCCAAAAAGUUGACAGAACAGUACCCUAACCUAGAUACGCCAUUGAUGAUCAGAGUAGCUCAGUACAUUCAAGACAAAAAGGUUGAUGAUGCUGUAACAUUACUCAAGGAUUACAUCAAAGUUAAACCUGAGAUGUCUUUUAAGGCUAACAUGAUCAUUGCUCAGCUACACCUUAACCAGGGCAGUGUCUACCAAGCAUGCGAUGCCCUCAAAGAUUUGGCUGACCUGGCACAUAAACCUGGCAUAGUUUCUACUUUAGUGGCACUGUAUCUAAGUCAGGAAGACAAAGAAGCAGCAUCAGAGGUUCUCAUUAAUGCAGUGAACUGGUACAAGAAAAAUAAUCCUAAGUCACCAGCUUUGAUGACCUUGACAAGAGCUAAUGCAGACUUCCAAUUGAAAAAUGGAAAAGCAGAGGAAGCAGCAAAAAUGUUAGAGGAUCUUCGAAAGGCUAACCCAAAAGAUGCUUUAGUUCUGGCACAGCUGAUUUCUUCCUAUGCUCAAUUUGACCCAGCCAAAGCACAACAAAUCAGCAAGGAUUUGCCACCAGUAGCAAAGAUUGUAGAAGGUUUGGAUGUUGAUGCACUUGAGGCAUCUUUUAGUACCCUAGGGCCCAAAUACCUCAAGAAACAGCAACCUAAAGGUGAAGCCUCUCCACUACCUUCUGGUGAUGCUAAGUCAGGUGACACAGUAAUGAUGAAGAAACAAACAAGAAAGAAGAAGAAAGGUAAACUCCCUAAGAAUUGUAAACCAGGAAGUGACAUUGAUCCUGAGCGUUGGUUACCUCGUAAAGAAAGAUCCUACUACAGAGGUAAAAGAAAAGACAAGAGGAAAGACAUUGGUAAAGGCACUCAGGGAAUGUCUGCUGCAUCACAGGCCAUUGCUGAUUCUUUAGAUGCCAGUAAGCCUGCCAGCACUGAGCCCACUUCACCCAAAGCCUCCAACUCCAGCACGGCUUCCCCCCAGUCUACACCCACACCACUCCCUCAGGGACCCAGGCAACAGAAACCUGUUCAAGCCAACAAGAAGAAGAAAAAGACUGGCAAGGGAGGAAAGUGGUAGAAACAUGACCUACAAUAGCAAUGGCGACAACAAAAUGUGAAACAUCUUAGUUCUUACACAGAUUUAGUUAUUCACCCUCUUUGACCACUGCAUUUACUGAUCAAAUUAAUUUCACAGUUCAUUAUUUCCAAAUGGGAUUAAUGUAUACAUUUUUUAUUAAUUAAAAAAAUAAAUUGAAGAGAGAUAGUACAGUAUAAUUGUGAUAUAUUAGAUGUAGACUUAAAAAAAAGUUAGUUAAACAAUAAUAUAGUUUCUUAAGUCUGCAUGAUACACUCAUUAUAUUUCAUAUGUUAUACAUGGUACAAUUUAUAUAACCAAAAACUUAUAUUCUUGUGAUGUUAAGAAACAAUGCAAACUUCCCAACUUCAGUUUUUCAAACAACAAAUUAAGUGUUCAAAGAAUCUUGUAGGUACGUGAAUAUCUAUCAUCACUCCCUUGAAUUCAUUAAAUUGGAUUGCUUAGGUAUCUGAAAUGUUUUAUAAGUAGAAUACAAAGUUUCAGGUAACUUUUCAUCACAUUUUAUCCACUAAUGAACCACAUUACCUUUUGAUUCCAAGCUAGAUCUCUUCAUUCUCUUGAACUUUUAAAAAAAACAACACUUUCUUUUUUUUUAUCAGACAAAAAUGUUUCUCUCUAUACAUUAAAAGGGUUUCUGAUCAGAUGCUUGAACAAUGGCAGUCCAUCCUUGUCAUAUCUAAGUUUAAAUUUGUUUAGGGAGUGUUUGUGGCAUUGAUUUGAAACUGAAAUAAUGUCAAGUGUUACAGUUCCUAAAUUGCACUGGUGCUCUAAGUAUCUCUUUUUCUGUUUAUUUCCUGUCAGAACAGAUUAAGCCAUUUUCUUUCUUUUUGUUUUCAUUUGUCCAAGACAGAAUGUUGUUAGCUUGGGCAGAUAUCUAGGUACUAGGGCUCUCAUUUAUUUACUCUAGUUACAACUUUACAACCUUUUGUUUUGGAAAACCAGCUAUAAAGUUGGCACUUAGUCUCAUCACUAUAUUAAACAUGUUUAAACCUAUUCUGAGCUGUGAACAUUUAGUGAUAUAUUGAAAUAAUUGUCUAGAAUGUUUCUGACUUACAACAUUUAUUAUAAAUUUCAUUACAACUGUAUAUUUGGGGUAAGGCUGGUUAUUGUUCAAAUUUAUGUCUAUUCAAUGGCUCAUGUUAAAGAGUUUUGUGGCUUUUGAGUUUAUUUCAGAAAGAUUAUUGUGUUGUGUUCAUGUGAAGAUGUGAAAUAUUUGAUAAAAGUUUUUGAUUUUUUAAAAUCAAUUUACCUAUUAGAAUUUUCAGUUGAGAAGAUUGUCUGUUGGAAUGAUAAUAGAAGAGGAAGUCAUAAUUAAAGGAAAACACAAUCAA